AGUUUUGUUUGGUUUUCUUAUUUUUGGGUUCGAUUAUGGUUGCUUGUGUGCGCGGUGGAAAAUGCAGAAGAAAAAAAGAAAGAAUUAUUAUUAUUAUUUUUUUUUCAAGAAUGAAGGUUUUAGGAUUUGGGGGUUUUGAAUUAUGGAAUGUUUAAUGUCUAAUAUAUUCGAAUAUGGGAAUGUUUAACUGUCAUUGAGUGAGUGGUUAGCACAGCCAAUUGGUGCGCUUCUUUGCGACAAAGAGGCCUAAUUAGCCAUUGGCCACCAAAAAUCCAUUUGUAGACUUGUUCUCUAGGAAAAAAGUGAUUGGACGGAUUAUGUGUGUAGGGUAUCUGAUGAAACCUGUUAAUUGUUGUUUAGGAAGAUGCUAGGUCUCUGGAUUUGUCUUUAUGGUUGUAAAUUUGAGAAUAAUGAUGGAGAGUGUAAGAAAUACUUGUAUAUAAGGAGUAGUUUAUGAUCAAAUGAUGGAAGUGUAUGGGUGGUGAUUGAUUUUUUGUGUGGUGAAGUGGGGAGGAUUAUAAGUGGAAUUUGAAACAUUGGUUCUGAUGGUGAAGAUCGUAAUAGCAGUGGAGCUCACGCAUCAGAGAGGAGGGAAGCCUCUUCCUUUUGUCCUACUAAACCUCGUCCCUGCUCAGCACUCUGCUCCAAGUAAAGGAAACACCUCUAAGUACAUUGAUGUUGAAGAUGACCAUGGUAGUGGCACAGAUGCAGGAGGACAGUUUAAAUCUAGUGAGGGGGCACCACAGGCAGAAGAAGAUCAAGAGAUGGCUAAGAAAAUACAAUUACUUAAAGAUAAAAUGUCAAGUAAUGCCUCUGUCAUGCCUAAUGUCUUGAAGAGGAUGAAAGAGUGUAUUUCUAAGAUUGACAAAUUGGAUUCGAACAAUGGAAUCAUACAUCCUGCAUUCAAGAGGAAAAAGACUAGCUGACCUAUUUUAUCAAGCUUGCUUUUAUUUUUAUAUGAGUUAAUUUGAGGAAUGGGAUGACAAGGGUGUUCCGAUGAUUGUUUUAACUUAUUUGCUCAAUGUGGACAUACAUCCGGCUUUUCGAAGGAAAGGGUUCUAUCGACAAGAGGUGUCUCACCUGCAGUAGAUUUGAGAGUUUCCCGUGUACUGUAAUUACUCCAAAAGGGCAUUGAUUUCAUCUGUACCAUAAUUUGUUGAUAAUACCCGCAUAGCAUCUCUUCCUCUUGCACCCAUUAUUGAUGUAUUAAAAGUGAUGAAGAGAAGAUGCUAGAUUCUAGAAUGUCUAUAUAUAUUUUUUCUAUUGUUCUUUCUUU